GUGUUCAUUGUGGAGCAAAACGAUUCCAAUUUGAAUUCCCUACCUUUUGUUGCAUGGGUGGUAAAACAAAGUUGACACAUUCCUUUAUCCCAGAAGAAUUACUCGAACUCUUCACAUCUCGAAAUGAAUUAGGCAAGACCUUUAGACACAUGAUACGAGCAUACAACAGCAACUUUUCAUUUGCAUCAAUAGGCAUGAAUGUGGAUAAGACAAUGACAAAUAUGACAUCUAGAGUAUACACUUUUUGUGUGAAUGGAGGAAUAUAUCAUAGAAUCGAUCAUUUAAUCCCAAGGGAUGGAAAACCUUAGUACUUACAGUUGUAUUUUUAUGAUGCUGAUUAUGGGAUGUCACGUAGACUCAAAUGGAAGAAUAUUGAUAAACAAAUUGCUCAAAAGUUGAUCCGUGUUCUUGCCACAAACCCAUACGUGCAAAUAUUUCGAAGUCUUUUUGAUCUAGGUCCGCUUGACAAUUACAGAGUCACUUUGAAUGCAUCAGUAGAACUUGACCAAAUGGUAUACAACAGACCGACCACAUCCGAGGUCACUGAUCCGACAAACCACGAACAAUUCAAUCUUACUGGGGAUGUUAUGAUCCAUUGUGUUAUCCUUUAUUUUUUUCCUAAUGGCGAGUUUGGAUGGCAUUCUAAUAUCCCAAGACAUGGAUUUCCCAUCAAUAAUAUUAUUAACGACGACGAUGACAUCCAUGAUGAUUUAGAAGAUUUAUACCAAGGUGUUGUGGACUGUGUUAAUGCCGCUGAGGUUCGAUCGAAUAUGAUAGGGCAACGUGUUGUGUUGCCUGCAAGUGUCAUCGGAGGCCCAUGUGACAUGCGGCGACAAUUUCUUGAUGCCAUGACUUUAGUUCAAGAUGACGGGAAUCCUGACAUAUUUCUUACAAUGACAUGCAAUCCAAAUUGGCCGGAAAUAAAAGAUGAGUUACUCCCUUAG